AUGGAGCUCUAUCCCAGCCAGGCAUACCACCCUCUAGAUCACCCCAUGGAGCUCUAUCCCAGCCAGCCCUACCAGCCUCUAGAUCACCCCAUGGAGCUCUAUCCCAGCCAGCCCUACCAGCCUCUAGAUCACCCCAUGGAGCUCUAUCCCAGCCAGGCCUACCACCCUCUAGAUCACCCCAUGGAGCUCUAUCCCAGCCAGGCCUACCAGCCUCCAGAUCACCCCAUGGAGCUCUAUCCCAGCCAGGCCUACCACCCUCCAGAUCACCCCAUGGAGCUCUAUCCCAGCCAGGCCUACCAGCCUCCAGAUCACCCCAUGGAGCUCUAUCCCAGCCAGGCAUACCAGCCUCUAGAUCACCCCAUGGAGCUCUAUCCCAGCCAGGCCUACCACCCUCCAGAUCACCCCAUGGAGCUCUAUCCCAGCCAGCCCUACCAGCUUCUGGACAACCCUGCAGAAGUCAAUCCUUGUCCCAGGCACCAGGCAGCUCAGACAGGCAGCUGA